GGUUGCAGCACGUGCUGCCGGUGCUGCGGGAGCUAACUCCCAGGUCCUGAACAUCAGCACAGAAGGCGAGCUUGCCGAAGAGCACUUGCCUCUGCAGAAGGCACCACCAGAUAUCGAGGUAGGCUUUGUACAGCAGCCAGCCUCGGUUGCCGCCAAGCACCAUUGCUUUUGUACCGCAUCUUAUGAUACCUUCAAAGUGUGGCUGGAGGACAACGGAGUCGCGGUUCUGAUUUCCCACCGUGUGGCCGCCGCCAGCUCACUUCAGCAUUGCAUUGUUGUUCCCGGCCGUCUCCUCCAUGUCAGGUUCCCCGUAGGACAAGGACGUCAGGCUCGUCAUGUCGACGUAGCGUGCUGCUAUCAAUGGAGUUGGGACGCAGAUCCUGCCAAACAGAGGCUUGACAAGAGGCUUUCAUACUGGCGAAGGCUCAACACUUUUGUGCAAGGCCUCCCGGCCAGAAAUGUCAAAUGCAUCGGUGGCGACUUCAAUUGUGCACUGAAGGCCCAGCCGAAGCACAUCGGCACAGGGCUGCAUGCCUCUGACUUUGUCUAUCCGGAUUCCAAUGAUUUUGUUCAGGCCAUGAUUGCUGCCAACCUUUGUGCCCUCAACACUUGGGGUCCCAGCAAGGAUGCCUACACAUACCGCCUCGACGGCCAGUGCCCGAAGAGGAGUCAAAUAGAUUUCAUCUUUGCAUCCUUGCCGCAAACCGAUGCGCAGGCUAAGCAAGCCUGCACGGAUCGUGCCAUCCACUUCGCACCUUGGCGAGGUGGGGGCCGACACUUCGCCAUAGUUGCAGACUUGACUCGACUCCUUGAGGCUAUCCGGUGCAAGGACCCUGUGCUUGAGCAACUCGCAUCGGAUGUCGACUGUGCCCUUAGCGCUGCCAGGCCCACAACACCGGAGGGCGUCAACGCAGUCCUCUUGAGUCAACUGAUCUCGCCCGAGGCUGAACAUGAUGCCAUCAUACAGUACUACACCGGAGUUUUCAGUCGCGCGUUCGACUACGUGAGCCACUCGUACCUCGCGUCCUCGUUGAGGCACUUGGGCAUUUGCGAGGACACCGUGCAGCUGGCAAAGGCCGCCGUAGCCCGGCUUGGCCGAGUCCUUUUCAAGAAGCAAGGCAACCCCCGGAAGGAGGACAAUGAGUCCAUCGAAGUCAUUUUCCAGAAGUUUGGGUACACUGGUAUUGACGCUUUCCUUCUAGAUGCCUCCAAACGAAGCACAGCUCGGAAUGAGGUGGACAUUGCUCAGCAUAGCGUGGCUUCAAGUCACACCUGCGCAGAACUCACGCUGAUCUAUGGGCAUCCCACUCUGAUCUUCUUGCCGAAAUCAAGCAUCAUCAUCGGCUCAAAUACCGAGGGUCCCAACAUGACGACGCCGGCAGCGCUAGUCAAGGAGAUGUUCGAUGGGAAGGGCAGCGGCUACCGCCCGGACAAGCGCAUCCGCGAGGACAAGGACAACGACAGCCAAAACUGGUUCACGAACGCGGAGGACUACCAGCUCACCGACCAGAUAUCGGGGGAGGAAGUCCGUCGCCUGCUGGCCAUCCUAACCCGCCUUUGUCUGCGACAGGAGGACGACAUCGCCGCCACACGGGCAGACAGCGCCUUCCUUUUCUACAUGGAGACCAAGCCGGACCCGGAGCUAGCCUCGAGCCCAUACCAGCCGUUCGCCAACAACUUCUAUGCCGUAGCACAGCGAUGGCAGCAGAUCAAGGAGAACACGCCACAGAAACUGGAUCUGUCCCUUCGCUCCACCUUGCUGCUGGCCUACAUGACCGAAUUCCACGAACGCCUGAGCCACGCCAUCGAGCCGAAGAACAAGGAGAUCUGCGUGAAGGCAGGCUGGAUGCAGGAGACGACGAACGCGACUCCAUGCUGGACUUACGCGAAGUGGGACAGCGAGAAGAAGGUGAGCAUAGUGGACACGAGCAAGACACCGGUGGCCCACUCGAAGAUCCUCGACGCUGUAGCGCACAGCUUGAAGCUGCUCGGAGAUUCGAGCCUGAUACAUCGAUUCAGGGCGACCCGCCCACUCGCAGAGACUUACGAGUCCAACAUCCUCACGUUUCUGAUGCUUGUGAGCAACAGGGGCCAGGAGGCAGAAAAUCUCUUCUCCACGAUGGCCCUCCUGACAGAUUGCAAUGCCACCCAGCUUAUGCGCACCCGGUUUGCCAAGGAGAGACUUCGUCGCCAGCCGUUGGCACAGGUUCUUCAGCGCGAGGCGUACAACCUCCUCAGAGCAACGAAUCCGCACAGCAGCAACUCCGGUGAGAUUGCUGAGAAAGCCGAUGAUUGUUUUGGUGCUCAGGUACUGCGCGCAAACCUGUCUACGUACCAGGCCUGCUCAACUGGGCUGGCCUUCUGA